UACACAACACAAGCCAUGAAAAUUAAGCAGAACUCCCACUUGAGUGGGCAACCACUAAAACAAAACAAACAUCACUUCUUUUCUCUUCCCUUUCCUUUCUGAUUUUCGUUCCCCCACAAAAAAACAAAACAAAAAGUUUCAUCUUUUUCUUCUAUCUUCUCCAUUUCUCACUUUGAAUUAAUUUACCUGUCACCCAAAAUCACACAUUACACCAUUCAGAUUUUGCAUGCAAAGCUCAUUGAAGAUGCUGCAUGCAUACCCUAUAGGCUAUAGUCCUUGGUAAAACUCAGGUCAUGCAUAGUUGAAAAAACAUAUAAUUGAAGAAGCCUAUACACAAGAGGAAGUGUAACUUGUGUCAAUAGUGGUGAUUGAGGAAAGAAAAAAUGUCAUCGGACAAAAACGCAACGGAUGACAUAGUGUGCUAUUCCCCAAAUAUGAUAACAACAAAUGGGAUAUGGCAAGGAGAAAACCCUUUGCACUAUUCUCUCCCUCUUUUCAUCUUGCAAGUCAUUUUAGUUGUCAUUGUCACCCGCAUAUUCGUCUUCAUACUUAGGCCCAUCCACCAGCCUCGCGUCAUUGCUGAAAUCAUGGGAGGAAUAAUAUUGGGUCCUUCAGUGCUUGGAAGAAGCAAGAAGUUUGCUGAUGCAGUGUUCCCUCUAAGAAGUGUGAUGGUGAUUGAAACAAUGGCAAACGUUGGUCUUCUAUAUUUCCUCUUCUUGGUGGGUGUGGAGAUGGACAUAUCUGCAAUACGGCGCACUGGUAAAAAGGCGGUGACCGUAGCACUUGCCGGCAUGGUUGCGCCUUUCGCCCUGGGAGCCAUCUUCUCCAUCAUCUGGAUCAGAAUUUCUAAGGCAGAAACCAAUGAAGUAGCUUUCAUGCUGUUUCUUGGGGUCACUCUCUCUGUCACAGCAUUUCCUGUGCUUGCAAGGAUCCUUGCUGAGCUCAAACUCAUCAACACUGAGAUGGGGAAGGUUGCUCUCUCAGCUGCACUAGUCAAUGAUGUGUUUUCUUGGGUACUUUUGGCUCUUGCUGUCACCAUUGCUGAGAAUAAAAAACCAACCUUGACUUCAUGCAUGGUUGUGUUGUCAUGUUCAGCUUUUGUGGUGUUUAAUGUUUUUGCUGUGAGACCUGUAAUAAUGUGGAUAAUAAGGAAAACCCCAGAAGGCGAAACUUUCAGUGAUUUCUACAUUUGUUUGAUUCUAGCUGGUGUUAUGAUCUCAGGUUUCAUCACUGAUGCUAUAGGGACUCAUUCUGUUUUUGGAGCUUUUGUGUUUGGUUUGACAAUCCCAAAUGGGUCACUUGGUCUUGCUCUUGUGGAAAAGCUGGAGGAUUUUGUGUCUGGACUUUUGCUCCCUCUCUUUUUUGCCAUUAGUGGGUUGAAGACUAAUGUAGGACUCAUUAAAGGGUUCCUCACCUGGGGAAUCAUGUUCCUUCUGGUUGUUCUAGCUUGCAUUGGCAAAAUUGCUGGAACUUUGAUUGUUGCAGUCUCUUAUCAAAUGUCAUUUAGUGAAGGAGUUGCACUUGGCUUGCUAAUGAACACAAAAGGCCUUGUUGAAAUUAUCUUGCUUAAUAUUGGUAGGGAUCAGAAGGUUUUGGAUGAUGGAGCAUUUGCAACCAUGGUAAUUAUAACUAUACUAAUGACUGGAAUAAUUGUACCUGGUAUUUCUGCUAUAUACAAACCAUCAAGGGGGUUCAUAUCUUAUAAAAGAAGAACCAUUCAGAUGUCAAAAAGAGAUUGUGAGUUCAGAGUCCUAGUUUGCAUCCACACCCCUAGAAAUGUUCCAACAAUGAUCAACCUUCUUGAAGCCACAAACCCAACAAAGAAGUCCCCUAUAUGUGUCUAUGUCCUCCAUUUGGUAGAACUCUCUGGCCGUACAUCAGCAUUGCUCAUUGUCCACAGCUCAGGGAAGCCAGAUCACCCUGCCCUUAACAGAACUCAAGCUCAAUCUGACCACAUAAUCAACGCCUUUGAAAACUACGAGCAGCACGCUGAUCACAUCACUGUCCAGCCCUUAACAGCAGUCUCCCCUUACUCCACUAUGCAUGAGGAUAUAUGCAACUUGGCGCAGGAAAAGCGUGUCGCCUUCAUAAUCAUCCCUUUUCACAAGCAACAAACGGUAGAUGGUGCCAUGGAAGCUACCAACAUGGUGUUUCGCAGUGUUAACCAAAAUGUACUAGCAAAUGCACCUUGCUCAGUUGGGAUACUAGUAGAUAGAGGCUUGAAUAGCUCGAACCGUUUGGCGGCAGAUCAAGUGUCUCAUCAGGUUGCUGUAUUGUUCUUUGGAGGGCCAGAUGAUAGAGAGGCAUUGAGCUAUGGAUGGAGGAUGUCUGAACAUCCCGGGAUAAGCCUUACCGUGAUGCGAUUCAUCCCGGGGGAAGAUGUAGUGGAGCCAAAGAGUCAUCCUAGCCUCUACCCGGAUGAGCCGAGGAUACUAACAGUGGAAACAGAUAAGGACACAGAGAAGCAACUUGAUGACAAGUUAAUAAAUUGGUUUAUGGUGAGUAAUGCAAAUGAUGAUUCAAUUGAUUACAUGGAGAAGAUGGUGAACAAUGGGGAGGAGACAGUGGCAGCAAUAAGGUCAAUGUAUGAUAUUCAUGGACUCUUCAUAGUUGGGAGAGGACAAGGGAUGAUAUCACCUCUCACAGCAGGACUCACUGAUUGGAGUGAGUGUCCAGAGUUAGGAGCAAUUGGGGAUUUGUUAGCAUCUUCAGAUUUUGCAGCAACUGCUUCAGUGUUGGUAGUGCAGCAAUACAUUGGGGCAGGGUUAGAAGCAGAUGGGUCAGUAACACCAGACAAUACUAUGAUGACAAAUGAAGAAUAUGUCAACCAGGUUCACCAACAUUCAACACCACCAAGGGGGCAUUCUGUGUUCAAUACAGAUCGCUUGUGAGUAAGCUAUGUUGCUGCCAAAUCAAGUCCUACAAAACUAAAUAAAACUCAAAACAUAAAAGGCCACAACAAAUAUAUUUGCAUAUUUGGAAAUCUUCUACAAUUGACUCUGAAAGCAUAAUCAAUUUUAGGGAUAAGCUUUUGUGAGUAGUUUCUGUAUUUCAGAAUUGAUUCUGAUGAAUGACAAACUGAUCCAAACAUACUAUGAGUUUUUGUUUUGUUUUCGAGGUAAUUGUAACGUCUUUUAUUAGGUCUUCUGGCUAGUCUUUUUUUUCCUUGUGUCUUCAACUCUUUUACAAAUGUACAUACUGAUAUACAAUUUCAUACAUUUAAUAGAAGUACA